AAAAAAGUACCUAACAUCACUACUUACUAUUACUAUUAUGUUUUCAAGUAUUCUAGGAGUUAUCAAAAAACCAAAAGAAUUCAAAGGUGUAGCUAUAUAGCCUUGUAGGAAAAUAGUCUUCACUCUCUCUUAACUGUUCUUUUACCCUUUCUCUCUCUCUCUCUCUCUCUCUCUCUCUAAACAUAGUCUUCUUCAAUAAAAAGUCUUUGAGUGAGUUCAAUCAAGAUCCAAUCUAGUUUAGUCAUGAAUUCACUUGAAGAAUUCAACUCAUCAUCAAAUAAUAGAGAAAAAAACAUCAUCAACUUCACCAACACAAACCCAGAAGAAAAAAACCUAACAAAUUUCACGUCGUUAACUUCAUCUUCUUCAUCAGCACCACCGGCAUCAAGUACUUUGAGCCGUUAUGAGAAUCAAAAAAGACGCGACUGGAACACUUUCGGACAAUAUCUCCGAAACCAUCGACCUCCAUUAUCGCUUUCGCGUUGUAGUGGAGCACAUGUUCUUGAAUUUUUAAGGUAUUUAGAUCAGUUUGGAAAAACUAAGGUUCAUUCACAGAUUUGUCCAUUUUUUGGUCAUCCAAAUCCACCUGCACCUUGUCCUUGUCCUUUAAGACAAGCUUGGGGAAGUCUUGAUGCAUUGAUUGGGAGAUUGAGAGCUGCUUUUGAAGAAAAUGGUGGGAAACCUGAAGAUAACCCUUUUGGCGCUCGUGCUGUUCGACUUUUUCUUCGUGAAGUUAGGGAUUCUCAGUCUAAAGCUAGAGGGAUUAGUUAUGAGAAAAAGAAGCGUAAACGUCCUCCACAGCAGCAGCCACCACCACCAUCAAAUGCUACUUAGUUAUUGUGGAAUGUGGUUUGAGAUUGAGUGACUGUUGGGAAGGAUACUCUUUGGAAUUGGAUUAAUCUAAAAAGAAGACACUCUUGGUAGAAUGAAAUGGCUUUGUGAACAAUGCCAAACUUGUAAUAAAAUGUACCUAGCUAUCUUUGGAAUUGGAUUAAGAUGUUGCAUGACAAAAAUAAUAUAUGGAUUUGAAUGUCAUGUUUUCAUGUGUUUCCUUGGAUGAGGUAGGUAAAGUAAGGUGCAGUUUCCUCUUUGA